AUGAAUCAGCCACUCAAUUUUCCGAUUCCCGAAAAAUCAAUAUAUCAAAUGGGCUUCAACUCGACCGCAACUCAACCAGCAGUUACAAAUUAUGUUCAUGAACCUCAUCCACUAACGAAUCAUCUCUUGGACUUGUUGAAUCCACAAAAUAUGACUGAUAUUGACAAAAAAAGACAACUAUUCUCCGAGUUGAUGGCUCCACAUUAUGAAAAACAAGCGGAGAUUGAAAAGAAAAUAGACGUGUUGUCCGAUGUUGUCAAUCAAUUUAUCAAGUCUCAACAAGGUGUGAACCAGCUUAUUCUUGAACGUGUUCUGUGUGUUCAAGAACAAUGUUCCUCACCUAUUUCAAAUACAAUAGUUGAAGAUAACCAAAUGGAUGAACAGGAACCAUCGCAAGAGUCAACACAAACAGAAGAAGUUGAAGAUAAAAAUGAAAGAGAAAGUGAUGAACAAAAUGAAACAAUUGCAAAUCAACAAACUAUUAAUAAUCCCAUGCCAGUAUAUCCUGUUCCAAUCUCUCAUGAUGCGUCCCUACAUUCACCAAUUCGGAAUCGAUCUAUUUCACCAGAAAAAAUGGAAACUGGAGAGAUGUCUGUCAGAGAUUUCUUGAAGAACACGAUGACUGUUCAAAAAGCUGAUGAAAAGAUUUUAGAAGAGGAGUUAGAAAGAGAACGAGAUGAAGCCGCACAAGCAAUCAGAUACAAUAAAUUCCGUGUUAGAAACCGUCCAAAGAAAUACAAACGUAGUGCCGUUACAUUUACAUCAUCUCUAGAGUCGACGCCUGUAGCUACUUCAUCUGCGGAGCCUUCUUCAUCGACUAUAGAAAAUUUAGUAGCUGAAUCAUCUCAAGCGAUGGAACAACUUUUGGAUCAAACACAACAGGAAAACGACUCAAUUGAAGUUGAAGAAAAUGUAUUCCAGCCGAUUGUCGUUCCUUGUGUGCAGAGGGCAUCCGAGCUCGACCUAUCACUGAUGCCAUCUGUUUUCCCAACAACGUCUUCGUAUGUAUUGAAUUCUGCCUUGGAUUCAACAGCACAUGCUGCUCAAAAUAGUUUAUCUGCAUUAACCGACGCAAAGUUUCAAACUGAUCCAAGCAGUAUGUGGAAAGCUGUCGACAGUGUCACUCAUUUAUUAGUUGAUGCGCCAUCCCUUCUGGAGUCAGACCUUCGGUUUCCGGACCAUUCUCAUCACAGCAGUUUUCUUCCUUUCGUCCACGAGCCUCUGCAUCAUCGCUCUGCUUUUGUACCGGCUCAAUACAAUAAAGAUCGUCGGAUUCACCAACAGAUGGAAACUAACUUUUCUGAUAAUUUAAGGAGCUUGUAA